AUGGUAUCGCCCACAGAAAUGAUUCGGAAAGCAUCGGCUCCGGAUGAGUAUAUCUGGCAAUAUCAGACGUGUGCUGAUCCAUGGGAUACAACACAAAUACCUGAAUGGAAACUUUAUCCUGAUGAUACAUCAUCAGCCAUCGAAAAAGCCUACAAACGUGGCGCCGAAGAGACAUUUAUUAAUGAAAUUUAUCGUAUUGAUUUGAAACACUUUGUACAACAGCAUAUUGAUGAUGGGAGCCGACAACGACCCAUUCGACGGCAACAUCGUUUUCCUCCGCCUAUUUCCAGUGACGUAGAGACCAGAAACGAAUGUCGACGUCGUGAACGAUUAUCUUUUCCUUUGGGAUUGGUUUCAUCUCGUAAUACAAGUGUAGAUACAAAUUUUCAUGGUUCACCUUUUAUUACCGAUUGGUUAUUGAAGUUCACCAAGGGAAAACUGAAAGUUACAUUCGAUUCUAUCUUUCCUGUCCUUGUGCAAGGUUUGAAGCAUGAAGGACAUACUGCAUCAGAAAAUGUAGUGCAGGAGAUCGUACAAAGUUUGAACAUGGUUAAAGAUGAAACUUUUGGGAAGAAAGACAAAAAGAGAGUAGAAAAGCUACAAGAUUGUUGUGUUAAACUUUACACAAAAGACUGUUAUAUCUAUCGUGUAGUUAAUACUGCAUUGCGCGACGAUGAUCGAACUAAACUGGACACUCUUGGACCUUACUGUUAUCUCGUUUACAAUAAUAUUGGUCGACGUCUUAAAGAUUAUCUUUCGAUUCGUCAUCGUCUUCGACAAGCUGUUCAUCCAACAGAAUCUCAAUCGAUGAUAGUCUAUCGUGGCGAUCAUAUAUCUCGUGAAAUUAUAGAAGAAUAUCGACAGGCAGCUGGAAACCAUAACCAAUAUUUUAAAUGGCUUUCAUUCGUUUCGACUUCACUCAGUAGAGAGGUUGCCGAAAGCUUCGGAUGCAAUGUUUUGUAUAUUAUUGAAUUACAACGUCAUUUGACUAACGAUCAAUUUACAAAUUUACGGAGAACCAGUUUCAUUGAAGACGAAGAAGAAAUUCUAUUACGACCAGGAAUGAGAUUUCGAGUGGACAAAGUGGAAUUUGAUGAUUUGACAGGACGACAAUUAGUUCACAUUAAAAUUGUCCCAUCGUACGUAUUCAAUUUAAGAUGA